ACGAGCUCAGCUGAUGCAACCUAACCGGGCCCGCGUGACAGUUCACGGCACGCGGCGACGGCGAGGAGGAAGGGGUGCGGGUGCCGGGUUGAGCGCGAGAGACAGCGGCUGAGCCAUGGGGGACGUCCCGAGCCCCGAAGAGAAGCUGCACCUUAUCACCCGGAACCUGCAGGAGGUUCUGGGGGAAGAGAAGUUGAAGGAGAUACUGAAGGAGCGGGAACUUAAAGUUUACUGGGGAACAGCCACCACAGGCAAGCCUCAUGUGGCUUACUUCGUGCCUAUGUCUAAGAUUGCAGAUUUCCUGAAAGCAGGCUGUGAGGUAACCAUUCUUUUUGCGGACCUUCAUGCAUACCUGGAUAACAUGAAAGCCCCAUGGGAACUUCUAGAACUCCGAACCAGCUACUAUGAGAAUGUGAUCAAGGCAAUGCUGGAGAGCAUUGGUGUGCCCUUGGAGAAGCUCAGAUUCGUCAAAGGCACUGAUUACCAACUCAGCAAAGAAUACACGUUAGAUGUGUACAGACUUUCCUCCGUGGUCACACAGCAUGAUGCCAAGAAAGCUGGAGCUGAGGUGGUCAAGCAGGUGGAGCACCCCUUGCUGAGUGGUCUGCUCUACCCUGGACUGCAGGCCUUGGAUGAGGAGUAUUUGAAAGUAGAUGCCCAAUUUGGAGGCAUUGAUCAGAGAAAGAUUUUCACCUUUGCAGAGAAGUAUCUCCCUGCACUUGGCUACUCAAAACGUAUCCAUCUGAUGAACCCUAUGGUUCCAGGAUUAACUGGCAGCAAAAUGAGCUCUUCAGAAGAGGAGUCCAAGAUUGAUCUCCUUGAUCGGAAAGAAGAUGUAAAGAAAAAACUGAAGAAGGCUUUUUGUGAGCCAGGGAAUGUGGAAAACAAUGGGGUUCUGUCCUUCAUCAAACAUGUCCUCUUUCCCCUCAAAUCUGAGUUUGUGAUCCUUCGAGAUGAGAAAUGGGGUGGAAACAAAACCUACACAGCUUACUUGGACCUGGAAAAGGACUUUGCUGAUGAGGUGGUGCACCCAGGAGACCUGAAGAACUCUGUUGACAUCGCCCUGAACAAGUUGCUGGACCCCAUCCGGGAGAAGUUUAACACCCCUGCACUGAAGAAACUAGCCAGUGCUGCCUACCCAGACCCCUCAAAGCAGAAGCCAGUUGCUAAAGGCCCUGCCAAGAACUCAGAACCGGAGGAAGUCAUCCCAUCCCGGCUGGAUAUCCGUGUGGGGAAAAUCAUUAGUGUGGAAAAGCACCCAGACGCAGACAGCCUGUAUGUGGAGAAGAUUGAUGUGGGGGAAGCUGAGCCACGGACUGUGGUGAGCGGCCUGGUGCAGUUUGUACCCAAGGAAGAACUGCAGGACAGGCUGGUGGUGGUGCUGUGCAACCUGAAGGCUCAGAAGAUGAGAGGAGUUGAGUCUCAAGGCAUGCUUCUGUGCGCCUCUAUAGAAGGGGAAAGCCGCAAAGUCGAGCCUCUGGAUCCUCCUGCGGGCUCUGCUCCUGGUGAGCGGGUGUUUGUUAAGGGCUAUGAAAAGGGCCAGCCAGACGAAGAACUGAAGCCCAAGAAGAAAGUCUUCGAGAAGUUGCAGGCCGACUUUAAAAUUUCUGAGGAGUGCAUUGCCCAGUGGAAGCAAACCAACUUCAUGACCAAGCUGGGGUCCAUCUCCUGUAAAUCACUGAAAGGGGGGAACAUUAGCUAACCAACCGGGCAUCUUCCUCCCUUCUCGCAUCAUCCUGCGUUGUCUGCUGUGUCCUUAGUUGCUCCAUCCAUCACCCUUUACCCAUCUCCCAGGACACUGAAGCAGAACUUUGGGAUCUGUUGGGUGCAAAACUCGGUAAGGGGCGCUUUAGCCUCCCCAGAACCCAGGGCCCUCCCAUCUGGCUGCAGGAGAGGCUGACCUUCCAGGUAGUGACAGCGCAGCACACAGCAUGGAGUCCAGCGCUGCCCUCCUCCCUUGGCAGCUGACUUGAGAAAUCUGGUUUCAGUAGAAUUCUUAGAAAAAGUUUAUGCCACAAUCCUUCUAAUUGGAAAAAUACUGGUUCCCAAGUUUUCCUACCAUUAUCCCUGCAGCUGUGCCUCUGGCUGGGAUCUGAAGCUAAUUACAGCUUCUCCCCAACAGGAAAUUGUGGGAUUUGGAAAGGAAAGGAAGGGAAAACAAAGAACCCAGUGGUCUACCAAGUGCUCGGCAGCUUUCUCCAAUGCCUGCCAACCCUGAGGCUUGGCACUAGGGGGCAGGGCUUGCCCCAAGACUCCUAUAACUUGCCUUGGUCCUGCCAGGUCAGGACACUCCCUCUUGCUGUUACCAUCAGAAGUAAGGUGGAUGGCACAGCCUGUCUCUUUCUUCACAGUGGGUGGGAACUUCUCCAUAAGGCACCUCGCGGUCAGAAUCACUACUCAUCACUGUCAUUGUCAUGAAUUCAAAUAAAACCUCUGAACAAGA